ACUUGGAUUCAUGUUCCUACUUGGAUGAUUAACUCCAUAUUACAAGAAGAUGAUUAGUAGGUGGAAAUGUGAAGAAGCACUGAGAUAGUAAUUGGCACAUAAUAAAACUGAAGUGUAAUACUUUGCUAAUUCUUACGUUGACUUUUGAAAGUUCAAACCUUUACGAUACCAAAAACCUUCUUCUCCAAUGGUUUCCAUUUUCCUUCAAUCACCCACCUUUUUAACACCACUGAGCUACCCAUUUUCAUCUCGGAGCUCCACCAAGAGAACCCAACAUGGAGCUUCUCUGUCACUACGUGUCACAGCUUCUCGUAGCUCCUUCGAUGUUGUUGUUGUAGGUGGUGGGAUCAUUGGGUUAACCAUAGCCCGCCAAUUCCUUACCGGGUCGGAUCUAUCUGUUGCUGUUGUCGAUAAAGCCGUACCUUGCUCCGGCGCCACCGGUGCCGGGCAGGGAUAUAUAUGGAUGACACACAAGAAACCAGGCAGUGAUGUGUGGGACUUGACCUUGAGGAGCCAUGAACUCUGGCACAAGCUUGCAGAGAGCUUGACUGAUGAUGGUCUUGAUCCUGAAGAGUUGCUUGGCUGGAAAAAGACAGGAAGCUUGCUCAUUGGUAGGACCACUGAGGAAUGUGUUGCUCUGAAGCAAAAGGUUCAUGAGCUAUCUGAAGCUGGGUUAAGAACUGAAUAUUUGUCUAGUGCUGAGUUGUUGUUAAAGGAGCCUGCGAUACUUGUAAAUGAUAAUACUGGUGCUGCAUUUCUUCCUGAUGAUUCACAGUUGGACGCCCAUCGUGCGGUUGCUUAUAUCGAGAAGGGUAAUAGAGCGUUUGCAACAGCAGGCAGAUAUGCCGAGUUCUAUAAUGAACCAGUUACAGGUUUAAUAAGGUCUGAUGGGGAUAGCAAGGUGGUUGCUGGCGUUAAGACUUUGAAACGCAACUUGUAUGGUAAGAAGGCUACUAUAGUAGCUGCUGGUUGCUGGAGUGGAUCUCUGAUGCAUGAAUUGCUUAAAGACUGCAACAUUCCGCUGGACGUUCCGGUGAAGCCAAGAAAGGGGCAUCUGCUUGUGGUAGAGAACUUUGAUUCAUUCCACUUAAAUCAUGGGAUAAUGGAGGCUGGUUACUCGAAUCAUCAAAGUGCUUCAGUUUCAGGAUUGGAUGUCGAUGAACGGAUGCUAUCUAUUUCCAUGACAGCCACAAUGGACACAUCAGGAAACCUUGUUCUUGGGAGCAGCCGUGAGUUUGUCGGGUUCGACACUGAAGCUGAUGAGUUUAUCAUCCGUUGCAUAUGGGAGCGUGCUGCAGAAUUCUUUCCUAAGUUACGUGAUAUUUCCCUCGAAGAUUUCAUCCGUAACAGGAAAGUGAGAGUCGGGUUGCGCCCUUACAUGCCUGACGGGAAGCCAGUGAUAGGAUCCGUGCCCGGAUUACAAAACAUGUACUUAGCAGCUGGGCAUGAAGGAGGUGGACUUUCCAUGGCUCUAGCAACAGCGGAAAUGGUAACGGACAUGGUACUAGGAAAACCAUCACAAGUGGAUACUUCAACGUUUGGGGUUAAAGGGCGUCGUUGUUGCUGAUGAAAUAGAAGCAGUUUGGUUUAGUUAAGAGAGUGAAUCCUCUUAAGCAUUGUGGUUGCUAUAAACGGGGUCUUAAAGGAAAUGUCUAUGAGCUACAUAAAUCUAGUGUUGGUUUAGUCCGGUUUUAGUAUACUAAGACCAAUUCUAAUUCUACGUCUUUAAACCAGACUUUUUCUCUAGCUUUCGACAUGCAUGAUCUAUUUUUAAUACGGUUGAUUACAAAUAUGUUCCAUUCAAAAUAUUCUCAAACAAUAAUUUAACCAUUUAUACGCAU